GCGAGGCUUGCUGAGGCGAGGCGGCGGCCGGGCCGGGCCGGGCCACAGGCAGUGGCGGCGGGACCAUGCAGGCGGCGGCCGCUGCUCCGCGUCCCCGGCUGCUCCUCGUGCUGGCGGCAGCGGCGGCGACGCUGUUCCCGGGGGCGACGGCAUUACAGUGUUUCUGCCACCUCUGUACAAAAGACAAUUUUACUUGUGUGACAGAUGGCCUUUGCUUUGUCUCUGUCACAGAGACCACAGACAAAGUUAUACACAAUAGCAUGUGUAUAGCUGAAAUUGACUUAAUUCCUCGAGACAGGCCAUUCGUAUGUGCACCCUCUUCAAAAACUGGGUCUGUUACUACAACGUAUUGCUGCAAUCAGGACCAUUGCAAUAAAAUAGAACUCCCAACUACUGGCCCUUUUUCAGUAAAGCCAUCACCUGGCCUUGGUCCCGUUGAACUGGCAGCUGUCAUUGCUGGACCAGUCUGCUUCGUCUGCAUCUCACUCAUGCUGAUGGUCUAUAUCUGCCAUAAUCGCACUGUCAUUCACCAUCGAGUGCCAAAUGAAGAGGAUCCUUCGUUAGAUCGCCCUUUUAUUUCAGAGGGUACUACGUUAAAAGAUUUAAUUUAUGAUAUGACAACAUCGGGUUCUGGAUCAGGUUUACCAUUGCUUGUUCAGAGAACAAUUGCAAGAACUAUUGUGUUACAAGAAAGCAUUGGCAAAGGUCGGUUUGGAGAAGUUUGGCGAGGAAAGUGGAGGGGAGAAGAAGUUGCUGUUAAGAUAUUCUCUUCUAGAGAAGAACGUUCAUGGUUCCGUGAGGCAGAGAUUUAUCAAACCGUAAUGUUACGACAUGAAAACAUCUUGGGAUUUAUAGCAGCAGACAAUAAAGACAAUGGCACAUGGACUCAGCUCUGGUUGGUGUCAGAUUAUCAUGAGCAUGGAUCCCUUUUUGAUUACUUGAACAGAUACACAGUUACUGUGGAAGGAAUGAUAAAACUUGCUCUUUCCACAGCAAGCGGUCUUGCCCAUCUUCACAUGGAGAUUGUUGGUACCCAAGGAAAACCAGCCAUUGCUCAUAGAGAUUUGAAAUCAAAGAAUAUCUUGGUAAAGAAGAAUGGAACUUGCUGUAUUGCAGACUUAGGACUGGCAGUAAGACAUGAUUCGGCCACAGAUACAAUUGAUAUUGCUCCAAACCACAGAGUGGGAACAAAAAGGUACAUGGCCCCUGAAGUUCUAGAUGAUUCCAUAAAUAUGAAACAUUUUGAAUCCUUCAAACGUGCUGACAUCUAUGCAAUGGGCUUAGUAUUCUGGGAAAUCGCUCGACGAUGUUCCAUUGGUGGAAUUCAUGAAGAUUACCAGCUGCCUUAUUAUGAUCUUGUACCUUCUGAUCCAUCAGUUGAAGAAAUGAGAAAAGUUGUUUGUGAACAGAAGUUAAGGCCAAAUAUUCCAAACAGAUGGCAGAGCUGUGAAGCCUUGAGAGUAAUGGCUAAAAUUAUGAGAGAAUGUUGGUAUGCCAAUGGAGCAGCUAGGCUUACGGCUUUGCGGAUUAAGAAAACAUUGUCACAACUCAGUCAACAGGAAGGCAUCAAAAUGUAAUUCUGCGCCUUUGCUUGAACUCUGCUUUUUCUUCACUUUGCUCCUGGGUUUUAAUUUGGGAGGUCAAUUGUUCUACCUCACUGAGAGGGAACAGAAGGAUAUUGCUUCCUUUUGCAACAGUAUAAUAAAGUCAAUUAAAAAUUUCCCAGGAUUUCUUUGGAUCCAGGAAACAGCCAUGUGGGUCCUUUCUGUGCACUAUGAACGCUUCUUUCCCAGGACAGUUACAAAGUGUUAUGUGGUCUACUUUUAUUUUUUAACAAAACUUGUUUUUUUAAAAGAUGAUUGCUGGUCUUAACUUUAGGUAACUGCUGUGCCGAAGAUCACCUUCAAGGGUAAAGGAGCUGGAUUGCUGAUAAUGAAACCUUUCUUAUUUUUAAAGAAGGUGAUUUAUUCCUGGUUGGUACAUUCUCAGAGGAUUCUGAACCACUAAAGAGUUUCCUUGAUUCAGACUUUGAAUGUACUGUUCUAUAAUUUUUCAGGAUCUUUAAACUAACACUUAUAAAACUCUUAUCUUGAGUCUAAAAAUGACCUCAUAUAGUAGUGAGGAACAUAAUUUAUGCAAUCGUAUUUUGUAUACUAUUAUUGUUCUUUCACAUAUUCAGAACAUUACAUGCCUUCAAAAUGGGAUUGUUCUAUACCAGUAAGUGCCACUUCUGUGUCUUUCUAAUGGAAAUGAGUAGAAUUGCUUAAUGUCUGUGUGUUAAAAUCUCUGUUGUUUGAAUUCAAAAAGUUUAUUUAUCUUGGUAACUCAAACUUUUCUGUUUUGGUUUUUCAAGGGGUUUUUGUGGUAUGUCAUUGGAUAUUCCAUUUUGAAAAUGCCUUUUUCCUACCAAAAUGUGCUUAAACCGCUAAAGAAAUGAAGUGACAUUAAUUAGUAAAUUGUCAUCAUGGUCAUGUUCGAAUAUUCUCACAUCAACCUUUUGCAUUUCAAUUGUGUUGUGUAAUUAUACUUUUAAAAAAUCAAGUGGCACUCUAGAUGAUUAUAAUACUUUAAUAAUUUAAAGUUUGUAGCAUACAGACUAAUUUUUCUAAAAGGGAAAGUUUGUCUAGCUGCUUGUGAAAAGUUGUGUGGUAUUCUGUAAGCCAUUUUUUUUCUUUAUUUGAUCAAAGACAGUGUUAUUUUUUUAAGAAAUGAAUUAAUUACAUUUAAAAUUAGAGUAUGGUUACUGUUAAAAUAGUCCUUUUUCUAGAUGGCAAAGGUAGUUAAUAAUUUGAAUAGAUACAGGUUGUGAGAGUCACAAUUGUUAUAUAGGCGUAAAUGUUCGGUGGAUUCUGUCUUUGUAACUAAGGUUAGAGUUAGUGUGGUUUUGAGGUCUCACUACACUUUGAGGAAGGCAGCUUUUAAAUUCAGUCUUUCCUUAUGUGCACAGAUAUUGCAGCUGCUUAAUUUACAUGGUUAUAUAAUGAAUUCAGUGCACCCUUGAUAUUUGGGAGAGGUAGUAGCUAAAGAACAUUCUGACUAUGAGUUCUCCAUUUACAGAUGUUUUUGGUCAAAUUAAAUGUUUAAAGCAAACUUGUCAUGGUCUUCUCACAUUAAGUUGAAACUAGCUUAUAACAACUGGUUUUUACUUCUAGUGCUAUCAAGUAUUUGCAGGGCGUUUACAAUUUCCAAGUCCUUUUUAUCACUGUGAUCUUAUUCUGAGGGGAGAAAAAACUAUCAUAGCUGUGAGACAUGAUUGACUUUAUCAUGCUAUCAAUUCCCGGAUAAAAGGGUCAGAAGGAAGAGAGUGGCCAUUUGCACUGAAUGAGUUGCAUUUUGAUAAUGUCUUAUUUCUUAUACAUAGAAUAAAUUCGAAGGACUAUUUGGUCUUAAAACCAAAGUAAUUUUAGAAUGAAUGACAUAUUACAUAGGAAUUUAGCAUCAAUUUCAUGUGUUUAAAAACAUCAUGGGGAAAGUGUGCUUAGAGAUCAAUAUUUUGACUACAAAUUUGAGUUUUUUCUGUAGUUACCAUAUUUUUAUCAAAGCAUAUGAAUGAGUUUGAGAGGUUUGUUUUUAUAGUUGUGUUCUAAUUACCUGUUUAAUAAUAUCUAGUUCUGUGAUCAGGUACUUUUUUUUUUCUGGCCAUUUCUAAGCCUACCAGAUCUGCUUUAUGAAAUCCAGGGGACCAAUGCAUUUUAUCACUAAGACUAUUUUUAUAUAAUUUUCAGGAAAUACCAAAAGUUGUCUGAUUUAAAGUUGUAAUACAUGAUUUCUCACUUUCAUAUAAGGUAAUCAACUUUUGCUGAAGAUAUUCUUUAUUAAAUCAAAGACUGAGUUAAAAUUUUACUGUUCUUGCUUAAGUGGAUAAAAUGUACUUUUGAUGAAUCAGGGAUUUUUUUUUAAAGUUGGAAUUUAGUUCUAAAUUGAGUUUACAUACUACUGCAGCGAAUUCCUUUUUUGGCUAGGGAUGGUUUGAUUAACAACCCAAUUGGCUAAUAUUGAAAAUGAAAAUAACUUAAAGGAUGAAAUGGAUCAUGAUUACUGUGGCCAUAACUACAGAUAUAUUUGACUAGAGUAAUAAUUUUGUCAUUUAGAAAUUCAAUCCUUUGUUUAUACUUCUUAUCCUAAGAUGCUUAACUUUCAAGAUUGAAGUUGGUUAAAACAUAUCUUCUGGCAAAUUAUUUGUCAACAUUCAUUUUGUCAAUACCCUGAAGGGGUGGGGUGGGAAUGAGAGAAGUGUGAUUAAUGGGACGUAGACAUCUCUGGUCCUUCCUUCAUAUUUUCCAUCCUGCUCUCUUUCUUCCAUCCUGCCUUCCUGCUGGUCCCUGACUCAGAGAUCAUUGCCUCCCCUGCCACUAGCCUUUUGACUGAAGAGAUGCUCUUGAGACCUUCAGUAAAAUGGUUUAUGGAAAUUGAAGCUGCUGUGACUUUUACCGUGGGCAAGGAGUGGGAUGGCAGCAGGGUGGCAGCUGUGUCAGUAGGAGUUGCGCUGGAAGCAGUGGCCAGUUGUAUCCAUAAUAGAUCAGGCUACGGCCUGAAGAGCUGAGCCUGCAAUUCUGCUGUAAUGAUAGUGCUCAAGAAGUGCCUUGAGUCGGUGUACAGUGCCAUGGCCAUCAGGAAUUCUAGAUUUCAGUUCUUGUUACAAAAUGUAAGUGGUCACUUGGCCAUUUUGCAGUCCAUGCAUGAGUUACCUUUUUUAUUUCUCUAUGUCUGAGAACUGUCAGACUGUUUUGUAAAACAAGAUUGCAAGUGCUAAUUAAAACGCACAACAAAAUCAGUAUCCCAUUGGUCAUGUCAUAUCAAAAGUUUAUCCUUGCACUGAAAGAGUGAUUGUAAGUCAACUGUUUCUUUUGUUUGUUGACCGGGGCAGUGUUCUGGCUCCAAAUGGUGGAGAUUCCAAAUAAUGGUUCUGUUACAGCUCGGCAAAAAAAUGCCAAUUCAAAUAUUUUGAGAUCCUAAGGAAUAGCUCUGGACAUGCAGCUUCUUAUGUCUGUUUUGGAAUGCUGGAAUACCCAUGAGCCCUCUCUUUAGGAAUGCUGGACAUUAUGAGGACUGUCAGUACAUUAAACUUUUCAAUCCCAUUAUCUUAUUUGUAAAUGUGAACUUUUAAAAAUAUGAUUAAUAACAUUCAACCUGUUUCUUAAAACUUAAGAACUUCACUGACUUUGUUUUUAUUUUUUAACAAGAUUUGUGAAUUGAAUAUCAUGAACUGUGUUUUGAUAUCCCUUUUUCACAUUGUGCCAAUGGAAUGGGGUGUUUGGUAUUUCUUUAUAUGUCAAGGAGAUGCUUCAAAACGUCAACUGCUUUAAACUUAAAUUACCUCUCAAGAGACCAAGGUACAUUUACCUCAUUGUGUAUAUAAUGUUUAAUAUUUGUCAGAGCAUUCUCCAGGUUUGCAGUUUUAUUUCUAUAAAGUGUGGGUAUUAAAUUACUCAAACGGUACUGUAUUGUUUAUAUUUGUACCCCAAAUAACAUCAUCUAUACUUUCUGUUUUCUGUAUUUUAUUGUAUUUGUGCAAAAUUCUUUUGGCUUUAUCAGUUUAAUCUUUGCCCUUUCAGAUAUGUACAGAAAAUGUCCAUAUAAAUUUUCAUUUAAGUUGAAUGGUUUUGAGAAGCCUGUAAAGAGGAGAGAAGAGCAUAAACUGCGUUUCCCCAUAAGUUUUUUAAAUUGUAUAUUGUAUUUGUAGUAAUAUUCUGAAUGAACUGUAAAUAGGAAAUAGAAGAGUGAUGCUUAUGUUAAGUCCUAAUGCUACAGUAGAAAAAUGGAAGUGAUGAAAAUAAAUUACUUUUUUUCCCAA